AUGUAUUGGAAAGUCCUUAUCCGUCUUUAUGCCAUCUCCACCUCCGCUGCUCCUAUCAAGUCCUCUUCUUCAUCUUCAACUGACGAUAUUCCUAUCGACAAAUUCUCUCCUUCAGUCAAGCAUUCUGGAAAAGCCACCUGGUUCACACAUACAUACGGUGCCUGCAACAUCCACUGGGACGGUUACAAGGAGCCUACUGUCGCUUUGAAUGCCUAUCAAAUGGGCGCUGCCUCUUGGGGUAAUCCUGCCUGUGACCGUCGUGUUCGAGUCACCAACAAGAAGAACGGCAAGUCAGUCGAGGCUCGCAUCGUCGACAAGUGCCCUGGUGAUGAAUGUGCUUGGGGUUCUCUUGAUCUCUCCCCUGCUGCCUUCAAGCGCUUGGGUGAAUUGGAUACUGGCAUCUUGAACAUUGAAUGGCAGUACCUCCACUAA